UGCGGAAGAGGUAAGGAAAUUUCAAUGUUUUUUUUUGUUAGUUUGUUAUUGGAGCAACCACAAAGGAUGUUAUGGAAGCUUCAUAUUUUAUUAUAACUUAAGUGCCAACUAUAGAACACUUCAAUUUUAAUUGUGUUCACAAUGAGCAUACAUAUAUUUUUCAGACAUAGAUGUUUUUUUUUCCAUGAUCAUUAGUCAGUCUUUCCGUUUACUUAAGUUUUCACAAGGAGACAUUUCACUACAAGAAUCACACAUCACAACACUUCUGGAAGGUAUGUUCUUAGAACAGUCAAUGAAUUAUACAGAUUAAAAAUGACAGAUCAAAACUAUUUGUACACAUCAAGAAGUAAAGUACACCUUCCUGUUCUGAAUUCACAUGUAACAUUCGAUAUUCAAGAAUACCAUAUUUAUUUGAAUAUUACUGACACACAGCCAUAGGGAGUAUGCAGAAAUAGGGAAAAUUCUUGUAAGUACAGCAUCUAUAUUAGACAUCAGUACAUGAUAAUAGAAGCUAGAAUAUGAGGGAAGCUCUUAUUUAAAUACCAAUUCCAGUUUUACUAAUGUCAGAGUGGGGAUUGAUAUUACAAAUUCUUAAUUUGUUCACAUCUACAUUCACUUAGCCAAAAGAUGUUACGCUGACUAUAAACAAAUAGCACUAGCUAACCAACUAGUCAUUAAUAGUUAUUCUGUUUGGUACACUUUUUUACUUAAUAAUACAGGAAUGCUUAUGGAAAAACUGCCAUUUUUAUAAGCAAAAUGCAUAAGAUAAAUAAUUAUACCUACUAGUUGACGUUAUAAUUUGAAAGUGCUUUCAAAAUACUUUAAUGAACUGUUGGCCAAGGGCACAGAUAGACUUUACGUUCUCUUCAUACAGCAGAAAUGUAAGAAAAGGGACGGUCAUGUUUGAAAGGACCAGGGCAUUGUUAUAAUUUAAAAAUUACUGUAACUAGUAAUAAGUUUAGCGAUAGAAUUAGCCACAUAACAUUUGGAUAUGAAUUGGAAAUUCAAUCAACAGUUGACGGACUCACAAUCUGGUCAUGUAAUGUUCGAAGAUGCCGCAACAGGUUACUUUUGACAUUGAAACCUUUAGAACAUAUUGGACAGAUAUAUGGCCUUUCUCCCGUAUGUGUCCGCCUAUGAAUCAUCAUUGAUGCAUAAGAAGGGAAGGUUUUACUACACACUUGACAAAGUUUGCGACCACUGCGUUUCAUUUUUGUAUGCUGAUACGAGUUGUUGCUGAUAGCAAGUUCUUGUUCUGUGUGAGAGUUCUGGAUAUGUCGUACCCAAUCACCAGGGCUUGAAAACACAAGCUCACAUAGCUCACAGCGUAAGGGAGGAAAAUCUGUGCCCUGGUCUGCACUACCAGGAACUUUCUCAGAAUUUUUGCUGCCUCUAUGCUUUGUAGACUGCUGAUAUAUUUCAGGAUGUGCCUCAAUGUGACGAACCCAUUCUGCAGGAGCAGUAAAUGUCUUUUGACAAAUAUCACAUGUUAAUGGUGUAUAUAAUGUUGUAUCUUCUUCUUCUCCUUCCGCAACAGUUUGUAAAACUUCUGGCUUCACUGUCAUUUCUGUGUGCAUGGGCUCUCCAAGGUCAUCAUCACCAGGUUCUUCUAACUCUGUAUCAACCCAUUCUAUUGGCUCCUGUUUUACAACCAAUUGGACUGGAUUCACAGCAUCAGAACCAUCAGACGGUGGUCCUGAUUUUGCACUAGAAUUUUCAACGCUGCUUGACUGACGACUUGAUUCCUUCUUUUGACUUUCUUCUUCUUCUGAACUUCGAUUACUGUUUUGAGUAAUAUCACGUAAUUGGAGAGGAACAUCCUCGUAUGUUUCAUGAGGAGAGACAUCAUUACUCACAGCACUUGAUCUGUCAUCAUCUACAACUCUUUCGUUGUUCUCAACUGGUGCACGACUCUGCUUAACAAUUCUCUCAUUUUGACUUUCAUUAUGUGUAUGUUUAUGAGAAGAAAUAGAUGAAGAACUUCGUUCAACAGUAUUACUUUCCCGACAAAGACCUCGUAUUCCCAAGAUGUGAGCAGCCUUUAAAAUGCCAUCUAACUGUCCAUAACUGACUGUAGCUUCCCCACUGUACAUAUAUUCAAUGAGUACCUUUAAUAUGCGGUAACUGAUUUCAGAGGGCAAUACUAUUACCACAGGCAAGUUACCAUUUGUUGUAGGAUAAACAACUCUCAAUAACUGAUGAAGAUAAGAGCUACAAGCAGAGAGUACAAAACGAUGGGCAUGGAUUUGUCGACCAUCAAUGGUAGCAAGUGUAAUGUCAGUAAAUGAUUCAGAACGGAGCAAAGUUGCUACUGAUGUAUGCAUGUAGGCUCCAUAGCUAUGCCACUUAAGUUGAAAAUUUUCAGCUGCAGCAAUUGCCAUUGUAUCUUCAGCUGACAGGAAAACCGAGGAAAAACAACCUUAAACUGCUGGUGGAAUCUAAAAUAAUCCAAAAACAAAUCAAUAUUUUUCAGCUUAGUCCCAGGAAGAAUCAAUGGAUUGUCGGGAAAAUUAUUUACAGCGCAAUACUGCAUACACUAAUUAUUCAGCACGAAUUUACGUAAAUAAAACAGCAUUCACACGCGGUCAGCUCCAAAGAACUAGAAAAUUAUCUAAAGUUUAACACACGUCACAACCCUGUUAUAUCUGGUUAUAUCCUCACCGUCGCGCGAAUAGUACUUAAAAAUCGAUCAUACGGCGGCACACGUUAUCGAUUUUCUGGACCGAACCAAUCGUACGCGUUCAUUAUCCAUCGAUCUGUAUUGGCUCACGGCAACCCACGGCCUUCCAAAUAUUCCCGGACAUAAUCGUCUCUAGAAUUAAAUAAAAUUCUAGAAAAUAUAAUAUAUUGCAUUUUCACAGUGAGCAUGUGAAAUAUUUCAUCUUCAAGUUGCGUUGUGAACUGUAGAAAAUUCUGUAGUAUUUGGCACAUUUUCUUUUUCCGGGAGGGGGGGCGGUCUGACCGGGCGUGUGUCACAGAUGACAGUCAGUGACAGGUACACUCUAAUACCGGCUACUGAGACCUACUACCCUACGCAAGUUGUACAGUGUAACAAGAAAGUUGAUGCAUAGCAGUCCUUUGGUGUGAGAAUUGUGGACAAAUGAAGUGACCCGUUAUGGGGUACGAAAUAUAAUUCACGUCUAUUCGCAACUAUCUUUGUAAUUUCAUUUGCUAUUGAGCAGCAAAUAUAUUAAUACAUCAACGAUGGCUGCUGAAUCGGCACACGAUGGCCUUCCAAAGUUGAUUGAAAGUCUGUCGUCAGCUAUUGAAAAGAAUACUGAGGAUGUAUCAAAACUACUUGACUCAAUAGCAAUGAAUAUUCAAGAGGAAAAAAAUGAGUGGACUGUAAACACUGUACUUUUGGAUCAUCUGCAAAACAUAAUGUCAGGAGAAUCUGAUGUUAACAUUACCAAAUCAGCAAAAGUUAUAUCUGAACUUGCAAAAACAUGUUCUGGCCGAGAAAUGUGUGUACACUCAAAAUUGCUCACUUUGUUAAUGAAACUGUUAAGAAGUAGAAAUGAUAACAUUUCACUUCUUAUUCAAGUAUGCCGUGCUCUUGGAAAUAUUUGUUAUGAGAAUGACAUAGGUCGCCAGUUAAUUUUGGAUGCUGAUUGCCUCCCACUGUUAUUACAUUUAUUAGAAAAAUCACUGACAAUAUCCAGCGAAGAAGGUAGAAAUCUGCGUAGUGUUUCUGCUGGUUUUUUAUUGAAUUUAUUGAGUGGGAAUGAUGAAGCACAAGAAAAGGCUGUGGAUCUUGGGGUCGUUUCACUUUUAUGUAAGAUAUUGGAAAUAGAUGGUUCUGCAUCGUCAGGUGAAGAGGCAUGUACUCAUGUUCUGCUGAUAUUGGGAUUAUUGGCUGAUCCUGUUUGUAGGAGGUGCCCUGCUAGAGAUCUUGCAGAUGCUCUGCUUGAUGAACAUUUGUAUAAGGUUGCUGUUCAAGUUCUUGGUGCUUCACAGUCACCUGAUGUCAGUGAAAUGUGUUUGGAAUUGUUUCACAGUCAAGCAGAAAAUGAACAAGUUAAAGUUUAUUUGGCUAAUGCUGGGCUCUGUGAAUUAUUAAUCAAACUUUUGGAGAAGCAUAAACCUCAAGUUGAAGAUGAUGAGGCCCGUAACCUAAUGAAGAUGGCAUGUGAUCUCAUAGCACUUGUGCUAACUGGAGAUGAAAGUAUGAAUAUUUUAUAUUCAGAGGGUCAUGGUGAGGUUUUUCAUGCAAUGGUUUCAUGGCUUGGUUCUGAUGAUGAGGAUUUACAAAUCACUGGGGUCCUGGCCAUGGGAAACUUUGCUCGGACAGACAAGCACUGUAUACAGAUGGUUGAAGCUGGUGUAAGCAAAAAGCUUCUCGCUUUAGUGGAGAAGAAUAAUAGCCCAGACGGGGAUAUACGUUUGCAACAUGCUCUUCUUAGUGCUAUAAGGAAUCUUGUUAUUCCUGGACAGAACAAAUCCAUAGUUUUGAAAGAUGGUUUGGUUAAAGCAGUUACACCAAUGCUUACCAUUCCCACAUUCCCUGUUGUAUUUAAGUUAUUGGGUACCUUACGAAUGGUUGUGGAUGGGCAAGAAGAUGCAGCCUGUGAACUUGGGAAGCAAAGAGAUCUUGUUGAUAGGUUAGUAAAAUGGUGCGACACUGACGACCAUCCUGGAGUACAAGGAGAAGCCAAUCGCUUAUUGGCGUGGCUUAUCAAAAAUAGUCGUAAUGCAGAAGUUUUGAGUGUAAUGAUAGAAGCAAAAGCUCUUCCAUGUUUGGUUAAGAUGGUCUCUGUAGAACAUGCUGUCAUGCAAAUUGAGGCUUUAAUAGCUCUUGUUUUGACUGUCGUUAUGAGACCUGAUUCAGUCAAUUCGCUGCUUGAAGCAAAUAUUGGAGAAAGUUUGUAUAAACUUUUGAAAGAACAUGGUGCCUCUCUUUCAAAGGAAGUACUGCUCAAUUUACUGUGUCUUAUAGAAGAGCUUGUUAAAGUAGAUAAUAUGAAGAAGCAUCUUCUAGAGAAGGAGGUGGUCUCAGUUUUGAAACCUUUGUUAACAAGGCAAAACCUUGUCGAAAGAAGUGAUAAAAUAAAUCGAUUGAUUGCAACUUUAGAUGCAGGCUGAACAUGACUUACAUGCACGUAAUGAAGGAAGUUAGAACAACGUUAAUUUAUUAAUAUUGUUAUUGUAUUAUUAUUAUUAUUAUUAUUAUUAUUAUUAUUAUUAUUAUUAUUAUUAUUAUUAUUAUUUGCAAGAUAAUUUUUUACCUACUUAUGACAUAUUAAAUACUGAAGGUUAUGUAAUUAUAAACAUGAUUUGAAUAGUGAAGAAAUUUAAUUUGUGUUAUAUUUUUAAGACUUAAGAAAUGUGAAAGGUGACUUACCAUUUCAUGAUCACCAUAUGUAUAGAUACUUUAUUGUACUUUGUAAAUGUAACAUCUGUAUGUGUUUUUUCUACAUCUUGCAAAUUUGCAAUGAGUGAAUUUAUCUUAUUGAAUUAUGUUUUUUGAAAUUAAUUAUAAUUUUUACGUUGUGAAUAGUUUGCAUUCCAUACAUCAUUCUUAUAUAUUUCUAAGUAUUCAUGUAUUAUGCUACUGAGAAUUAACACAAACACAUUAUAAAGCUUCAUUUGAAUGCUGUUUUAGUGAAUUGCAAAAGAGGCAAUAUCUGAAAUUUCUGAGUAUUUCUUAUGAAGAAAUAUUUGUAUUUGUACAUGCUGAGGAGGAUAGUUAAUGAAAAUAUUAAAGAGCGAUGAAAGAAGUUUUCAGUAACAAAUUGUUUCAUAGGAUGUAAUACUGCAUUGGAUAAGUUUUGUAAAAACUGUAAGGAUUCUUCUUGUGGGCUGUUGUAUGAUUGAAGAAUUGAUUCUCAAGUAGCUGCUCAUAGAUGCUUGACAUAUUGAAUAAUAUUAUUUGUGUUAAAAUGGAGAAGAUGAAAACGAGUAAUUAAGAUAAUUUUUAUGUUCAGAAUAUUCCAUACAUUCUUACAUUGUAUUACUGUAUGAUACAGUAUUUUUAGAGAAAUUCAUGUGCUUGAAUUUUCAUUAAAUUUGAAGUGUGUUUUUGAAGUGUGAAGAAGUUUCAGGAAUGUUUAAUGCUCUUCUUGUUACAUUUUUGGUUACCACUUGCUUAAUUGCUGCUACCAAAGAUAUUAAAUUACUACAAAUUGUUAUUGCAGAUGAGUCAAACUCUUUCUUUAAAGGAGAUACAUCUGUAAAAUUUGUUAAUAGUACUCCUUUAACAACAAAUUUUUCCAAUUUAUCAUUAUUGCACGUUGUACUGAAUUGAAAUGCCUAGAGAAAUGAGGUAGUAAUUAUAAACCCUCAUCCAUUGUUAUUAAAAAUAAUUUCAAAAUAGUGAUCAAGAUGAAUUAGAGAGUAAUGAGUUAGAGAAAUCUAGAUCAUUUGCAUGCUGCCAUUAACACAUUUAAUGUUUGCCUAUUUAUUGACGAGUUGAAAAGAAUAAUGUGUAAUAUUACAAUUACAAUGGAUGCUUUUCAUAUUUAAAAAAAUGUAUGUAUGUAUAUGUAUAUAUAUAUAAUGCACACUAUUUUUCACUGCUUUAAAGGGUCUUUUACAGACAUCUCUUUUGCAAUCGUAGAUAUGAAUCGAGCAAAUCAUGUAAGUUUUAGAAAUAUUUUAUGAAAUUCAAAAAUUUUUGAAUUAGGAAUUUGUUUUUAUUUAACUUUUCACGUAUUUGAAUAUAAAGCUUGGUAAAGGAUUAUAAUUUGUGACUCUUUUUGGAGGUAAAUUUCCAUAGUAGGAAUUUGAAGCUUGUAAUGUUAAGAAUAGAAACAAAGAAGCUAGCCUUUAGUGAAUAU